UGUACAAUUAGUCAGCCGCGUAUCCGCCGCGAGCGCAGGUCGUGCGCUGCGUUGCCCCAUCUGUUUUUAUUUACUCGAACAGUUAGUUUUAGAUAAAAAAGUGGCGCCGGCAACGUCUACUAUUCAAGCCUCCCUCAGUUAAAUGAACGCUAUUUCGAGAUUAAACAUUGAUAACUUAUCGUCGCUUUAGUUUUAAGCGCGCUUAAAAUAGUCUCUACCUCAUAUUGAAGUAGUCCAUCUCAAUACUUGCCGAAACUUGGAAACAGUACAUAAGAAAAGCUAUGUUGUGAUAUGUGAUUCUUGCCAUCCAAAUACUCUCGUAUUUUUGACUAGAAAUGUGAGCCAGGCUGUGAUAAGAAACAUUUCGAAAAUAGUGGGAUCGUUAGUAUGAAACUGAAAGUGUUGUGAAGUAUUAUAGUGUAACGUCUUAUGUAAAUGUCCCAGCUGUGAACGGAAGUGGGUCGACCGUGUAUACCUGCUGUAUGCAUAUGUAAAACCAUAUAUUGAAUUAAACCUUGUUUUGAUUUCGAUCUGAACACAACCAAACCGCACAAUGCACACACAACGAACGACGUUACGACUGUGCCUAUGGGCUUGCCUGGUCGCGAUAUGUUGGGCGGACCAACCCGCUCCAUUAGCCCAACUAGCGCAGAACCCCUGCUCCAGCAAAACCACCUGCAGCGACUGCAUACGGGCGGCCAGCUGUGCCUGGUGCUUCGCCGCCGGGUUCAACGGCCCGAGGUGCUUCAACCCUGCCUUAGAAGGAGGCACUGCGGGUUGCAAUGAAGCUUACAUCUUCAACCCUGACAACGAGCUGUCCGUAGAUCAAGCUUAUAACAAGGAACUUAGUAGAACGCGGUCUCGCUCGAGCUCCAGUUCAGGCUCGUACGGGGAGGCCGGUUCCUUUGGAGCCGGCGCCAGCGGCGGCGGCGCCAUGUCCACAGCGGGCUCCGGCGAGAACCUCGUUCAGAUCAAACCACAGAGAGUCAACCUGCAAUUACGACAGAAUCAAAUGCAGAAGCUAUCGUUCGCCUACUCCCGUGCCCAGGACUACCCACUAGACCUGUACUACCUUAUGGACCUCAGUCGUUCUAUGAAGAACGAUCAGGAAAAACUGGCUGCCCUCGGCAAUUUGCUCUCGGCUACUAUGAAGAAUAUUACCUCCAACUUCAGGAUAGGCUUCGGCUCGUUUGUCGACAAAGUUGUCAUGCCUUAUGUUUCUACUGUCGAAAAGAACUUGAAGGCGCCUUGCGAGGGCUGUGCGGCACCUUACGGCUUCAAGAACCAAAUGUCACUUAGCACUGACACCGCUUAUUUCGAUCAAGCUGUAUCUAAAGCCGACGUGUCCGGAAACCUGGACGCGCCAGAGGGCGGGUUCGACGCCAUUAUGCAAGCCAUGGUGUGCAAGGAGCAGAUCGGUUGGCGACAGAAGGCCAACAGGCUCCUUGUGUUCUCGACUGACGCCGGGUUCCACUACGCCGGAGAUGGCAAGCUUGGCGGCAUCGUUCAACCCAACGACGGUGAAUGCCACAUGGAAGACAACCUGUACACGUACUCUACCAUACAAGACUACCCCAGCAUAUCACAGAUCAAUCAAAAGGCGAAGGACCACUCAAUCAACGUGAUAUUCGCGGUGACGUCAGAGCAGAUCGGCGUGUACGAGGAGCUCAGCAAGCACAUCCAGGGCUCCAGCAGCGGCGUGCUCACCGAGAACUCGGACAACGUCGUCGACUUGGUGCGCGAGCAGUACAAUAAAAUAACUUCGGCGGUUGAAAUUACGGACACAUCGAGUGACGCCAUCCAGAUCGUGUAUUACUCAUCCUGCCUUGACAAAACCAACGUAAUUCAGACGAAUAAAUGUGACGGAUUAAGGGUGGGUGAUGUCGUGGAGUUCACGGCUGAGAUCACUCUGAAGGAGUGUCCGAAGGACCCGAGCAAGUGGAAGCAGACGUUCCUCAUCUACCCAGGAGUCAUCUCCGAGGGCCUCACUGUGGAGCUGGAGAUGCAAUGCGACUGCCCGUGCGAACAUCGUGGACAUCACGCGUACGACGACAGUCCCGACGUGUGCAGCGGACACGGCAUCUCGGCGUGUGGCGUGUGCCUGUGCCAGCCCGGCCGCUUCGGCAAGCACUGCGAGUGCUCGGCGCAGGGCGGGGGCUCCGCCGACCAGGACCGCGGCUGCCGUCCCACCAACGCCAGCGCCGGCGCCGUCUGCUCCGGCCGCGGCAACUGCAUCUGCGGCGUCUGCGAGUGCAACAAGAUGUCCGACCCCACCGAGGUGAUAUCCGGGCCGUUCUGCGAGUGCGAAAACUUCUCCUGCGACCGCAACAAGGGUCUGCUCUGCUCGGGCGCGGAGCACGGGGAGUGCGUGUGCGGCAAGUGCCAGUGCAAGCCCGAGUACACCGGCGCCGCCUGCGACUGCCUGCUCGACACCACGCCGUGCAUCCCGCCAGGUGACGGUGAAAUAUGCAGCGGCAAUGGGCAGUGUGUGUGCGGUCAGUGUGUGUGCAACGUGAACAGCGCACAGCACUAUUCGGGCAGAUACUGCGAUAAAUGCCCAACAUGCACCGGCCGCUGCGAGAAGUUCAAGGAAUGCGUGCUGUGCAAGGUGCACCACCGAGGAGCGGAGUGGAACGACAAGCAGGUGUGCUACGAGUCGUGCAAGGAUGCAGACGACGUCAACCCCAUCGUCGAGAAGGGGAAACUUGAAGCGAACGAGUCUAGAAAUGAGCAUUUGUGCAGCUUCCAAGACGAAGAAGACGACUGUUUGUACGUGUUCGUGUACUCGUACGACGACAAACAGGACCUCUACAUCAGGGCGCAGGAGGAACGGGAGUGUCCCAAGAAGGUAUUCAUCCUGGGUAUCGUGCUGGGCGUGAUCGCGGCCAUCGUGCUGGUGGGGCUGGCGCUGCUCAUGCUGUGGAAGAUGGUCACCACCAUCCACGACCGCCGAGAGUUCGCGCGCUUCGAGAAGGAGCGCAUGAUGGCCAAGUGGGACACGGGCGAGAACCCCAUCUACAAGCAGGCGACGUCGACCUUCAAGAACCCCACUUACGCCGGCAAAUAAGGAUCUGUCAAAGUAAUAAGUGUAGCAAAGGUUUAAUUAAUGUCACGAAAGUAGUCGUCUCUAACAAGCGCCCAGGGUUGCGCAUACCCUCCACGACGCAGAUAACUGUGGGUCUACCGAGAACAUCGAAAUUUUCUCUGCCACUGUAUCGCUCAUACAUAUUGUAGCGAUAGAGAGGUAAAUAACGAAAUUUCGAUGUUCGCGGUAGACCCUCUGACCAUCCGUAAGCCUUAUUACAACUUGGUCUUCUAUUGGUCACUCCAGCGUCUCUUCGUUUGUACUCGUCAGUAGUCAGUAUUUGUAUUAUAUAUAUUGUAGUGUCUUUUACUUAAGACUUGAAAUACGGUUAAAGAUUCUCAUAAGAAAUGAUGUAGUCAGUAGACUGUUUGAUUGAAAACUUAGUAUGAUGCCUUAAAUUGUGCCUUUGUCGGUAAUUUAUACAAAAAAAAAUACAUUUAUAUGUGACUACUUUCGAAUAAUGAUCGCCGUAAUGUGCUAAUUAUUUCAUUAAAUCUCAAAUAGAUCAUUAAAGUAUUGAAAAUAUAAUAAGUAAUUAAUUAUUUUAUACGAUUAUGAAUCUUGUACAUUUUUAAUUGCAAUAAUAUGAAUUUUCAAAGGGUCUGUUUUUAUCUGUAUCAAUAUUUCUCUACAUUAUUUGUAGUACGCUUUUUGUACUUAUUGUGCGAGUGUUUGUGUAUUGUACUUACGUAUUGUGUGAUAAGUAGGGAAAACGAAUCGAGUGCCUGAUCGGGUCUUAUAAUUAUUCGAAGGCUUUUAAUUGUUCGAAAUGAUAGAUUUUCUUCUUGUCGCGACGACUGAAUGGUGCGACGCGUCCUAGGAAACAGUGUAGUAGUAUUGGGGUUGUUUCGCAUAAUGCGAUAUUAAUAGAAAUACCGGUGUUUGAUAUCCGAUUACGAAAAGAAGCUGCUUGUAAUUUUGUGUGUACUUUUUAUAUGAAUUUGUUAAUUACCAAUAUUAUCAUAAACACUAAAGGCAAUCCUCGGUUGUUAAAAACGAUAAAGUAAAUUAUAACGGAGCCUUACAAUUACUCCGGUGUAAGUUUAACGUAUUACAAAAAUGUAAUGAUGACAAGGUGAUAUUUUGAGUGUAACGUUUUGUGUCACGAGUAACUUCCAUAAAAUCUGUGCAUAUUCAAGAUAUGUUCACUGCCAAGAUAAUAAUGUCAUCAUGUGCCUUUUAACGUGAGAAGUAACAAAUUGUGCCAUUACUAAUGCUAAACAUAGAAUAUUAACAGUUUUAUACACGGGGGUAAAUAAUGAAGAUACCGAAUUAAUUACAAUUGCAGAGAAUGAAGAGAUUGGUAUUUUUACGAAGCAAUACGGUUUCGAUACCAUCUAUUGAGAUUCGUUACUGAAACACAGGGUCCAUGUGGAACUAUCCAGACUUUGUACUACCUAUAAUACCAUGGUUGCAAUAAAUAAAUAUGAAAUAUGAAACGUUUGAGGGCCGGUCUGUUGUUGAUUUUUAAUUUUAUUAAAUUUUGAACUAAAUAAAUGGUUGACAUCCAAUUCAUUUCCAAAGAUGUGAUGUUUCACUUAAGUAAUUUUUUUGCAAUUGUAAUAAAAAAAUUGGUUGUUUACUUCUUUGAAUGAAACGGUACAGAAUAUAUAUUAUUUAUUGAAAUUAAUUAUAGUUUUAAGUGUAAUUACGUUUUAUUUUUGAAAUUAAGUAAAUAUAAGUUUUAUUGAUCGUGCCUUUAUAUAUUUUUUUAUUAUGCAUUUAGAACACAGUCAGUUAAUAAAGUUAAAACCAAUUAUUUCAUAAAAUAAGUAACAAGUAACCUCGUUCUGUUUAGAGGGAACAGUAUGUAUAAAUGCAAUUUUAUCUAUAUUAAAUUAUAGCUAAUAAAUAUUAACGCUAA